AUGGAGCUGACUGAAUUGCUCCUCGUGGUCAUGCUUCUCUUAACUGCAAGACUAACUCUGUCCAGCUCGGCUCCUCCUGCCUGUGACCCCAGACUCCUAAACAAACUGCUUCGCGACUCCCACGUCCUUCACGGCAGACUGAGCCAGUGCCCAGACUUUAACCCUUUGUCUACACCUGUCCUGCUGCCUGCAGUAGACUUCAGCUUGGGAGAAUGGAAAACCCAGACGGAGCAGACCAAGGCACAGGAUGUUCUGGGAGCAGUGACCCUUCUGCUGGAGGGAGUGAUGGCAGCACGGGGACAACUGGGACCCUCCUGCCUCUCACUCCUCCUGGGGCAGCUUUCUGGACAGGUUCGCCUUCUCCUUGGGGCCCUGCAGGGCCUUCUUGGAACCCAGCUUCCUCCACAGGGCAGGACCAUGGCUCACAAGGAUCCCAAUGCCAUCUUCCUGAACUUUCAACAACUGCUCCGAGGAAAGGUGCGUUUCCUACUGAUUGUAGUAGGGCCCACCCUCUGUGCCAGGCAGGCCCUGCCCACCACAGCUGUCCCAAGCAGUACCUCUCUAUUCCUCAUACUGAACAAGCUCCCAAACAGGACUUCUGGAUUGUUGGAGAGAAACUCCAGUGCCUCAGCCAAGACUACUGGCUCUGGACUUCUGUACAGACUACAGGGAUUCAGAGCCAAGAUUCCUGGUCUGCUGAACCAAACCUCCAGGCCCCUGGAUCAAAUCCCUGGAUCCCUGAACAGGACACAUGGACCUUUGAAUGGAACUCAUGGACUCUUUCCUGGGCCCUUCCCCAGGGCCCUCAGAGCCUCCAGCCUUCCCCCAGGAACUUCAGACACAGACUCCUUGCCACCCACCCUCUGGCCUGGAGACUCUUCUGCCCCAGCCCACCCUCCAACUGGACAGUACACGCUCUUCUCUCUGCCACCCACCUCACCUACCCCCAUGGUCCAGCUCUAUCCCCAGCUUCCUGACCCCUCUGCAACCACACCUAAACCCAUUCCUACCAGCCCUCUUCCAACCGAAGGCCACUCUUACUCCCAGAAUCUGUCUCAGGAAGGGUAA